CUUCCUCGGUGAGACAUCUCCAGAAUUAUACGGAUAUCAUUUCACACAAGAUGACUAUGUCCAAAGUCACCAAAGACCCUUAUAGUGCUAGUCGCCUUUCAUGAUCUGUGCCAUUAACCUUGCUCCCAUGGUGGGAAUUUGCGGCUAUGGAUUCCAACGGUACUUUCGCCCGCAGUUUCGAUGAAUCAUUGAUCCGCGAACUACCUCACCUCCGUAUAGCUCCUCUCCGUGAGCCGGUCUCGUCUCGCAACCUUAGUAUCCCUCUGACUCUCGAACCAAAUGCCAGCGGAACUCGGGACCCUAAUACAGUAUCGAAAUCUGGCGGUUCCGCGGGGAUUCUGCCUCCCCGCAAUGAGUCCAACAGCACAGCGAUAGAUGGCACGAAUACAACGCGACUGAAGAAUGAUUUGGCGCCUGAAUCGCUCUUAGAGGCUCCUCCACGACCGAUAUUGCCCGCAUUCGUGAACCUUCGUGCCCUCGAGCGAUUUCCCUAUUCUUCGUUUGACGAUGACAGCCAUCAAGCUCGCAAGCGGCGGCGCGUUGAUGCGCAGCCCGAAUCAUUUGGAGAACAUCUGCAAUUGCCCAUCCCGCAAGCGCAGAAAGAACAAAGGCCUCCACCAUUUGGACCCUUUGCUAUCCUCAACGGGCUGAAUGAACCUCCGCCCAACGCUGCUCUGCUCCCGCCCAUCGAGGCUGGAUCAAUUACGGAGCUGUUGACCAAACCAUCGCGAGACAAUAUUGAUUUAGAGCCGACGCUAUUGAGUACGAACUUUGGCCCCGAUGUUCAAAGUGGUGAAAGAAGGGAGGGAAGGAUUGCAGAUAUUUUGGAUUCUCCCAUCGUCGAGAAGCCCAGUCCUUACGAGAACAAUGCCGAUGCCGACAGAGUUGAUAAACCAGAGGCGGAACGGAACUUGAUGGACAGCGAAGAAGGAUCACAGCCCGCCCAGGGUGCUGAAACAACGGACACGCCCCUUUCACCUAGAACAAGAGGCCGGUCGCGAAAGAACAUCCGGAAAUGGAGUGACGAAGAAACAAUCGCUCUACUGCGUGGAGUUAUAAAGUGCGGCAUCGGUAAUUGGAAGGAAAUAUUAGCGCGGCAGGAAUCGAGUUUCAACAGACGCAGCGCGUCGAACUUGAAAGAUAGGUUCCGCGUCUGCUGCCCAUCCGCUUAUCGCGCCUCAGCUCCCGAUGAAGCGAUACAGCACAUCCGUGAUGCUCUCGGCAAAGUUCUUUCACGAGUUGAAGGUGAUUCUUCAUCGAGGGGAACUUCUGGACGUCAGCCGCAGGCACUGUCAUCCUCGGCGGGCCCUCCAGGACUUACCCACAGUGGGUCUUCAUCGAGCUUUACUUCGUUGGAGACAACCCAAAAUAGCCCUAGAAACCACCCCCCGGGCGAUCCCGUGUCAGAAAAUGCCCAACUAUCGUCGAGCAGAUCCGAGUCCGCACUCGAGUCUUUGGGUAUAGAAGAGCCUUAUACGCCCGCGAAAUCCAGACGUCGUUCUCGGCGCCCAUUCACCACUGCAGAGGAUGAGGCCUUGUUGAAAGGAUAUUCAGCUCACGGUUUCCAAUGGACACUUAUCCAGCAAGACAAGGAUCUAGGCCUCGGUCAUCGAAGGGCGACUGACCUGCGGGAUAGAUUUAGGACCAAGUUCCCCCACGCAUAUCGCGACGGAGGUCCUGUCCGCGGCAGUGCGUUGCCAACACAGAUGACCAAAGAUACGGUCCUGAAAGAGGGAACGAAUCGCGCGCCUAAAAGCAAGCAGAAUUCUCAGGAUACCAAGCCUCCUUCCUCCGAUGGCCGUCCCAGCAAGCCCGAGGACCUCAUCUCGAGUACUACAGGAGCAGUAGAUCCAGCUUUUCCUUCGCUUGUACUUCCGGCAGUUCGAGAGAGUUUGGCAGGUGUACCGCCUGCUGGAUUCCCGUUCCCGUUGGAUGAGGGACCCACGAACGUUGCCAGUGUAGACUUACCACCGCUGAUUUGGGACGACCUUGCUUGACAGGCAUAGUGUCUCACCGCGGUUAGUUAAAAUAUAACUUUAAAUAUAAUAAGAGAAAAAUUUACACAUCCAUAAAAGGAAAGCGAUAUAUAGUUUAUCUACAUUAAUAUCUGCCAGUUAUCUUCGCAGGAAU